ACGUGACCAAGAGCUGACGUGUGCAGAAGUCCCUCUUGUUCUAGUCCUUGUUCCGUCUGAGUACCAGCUCCCCACUGCCCUGCGGGAUAGCGGGCCUGUUACAGAGGGAAGAACGAGAGGAAGAAGGAAAUUGUUCCGGAUCCCGGAAGUGGGUCUGAGCCUCUCCCAGGUUGCCAGUCUUCCUGUAGUUUACAGCACUACACCAGGCAAGUGAAGAGGAAGGAAAUUAUCCCUGAUUGGUGAAGGUCAAUUUGAGGCAGGUCUGCUGUAGCAGGUGGCACCACUUGAAGUGAAGGAGGAAGUUUCCUCAGAUCAGUAGAGAUCACAAGGGUUAUUGGGUGUGGCACAGCUCCAGGGGAGGGAAGAAGAGGCAGACUGCCUGUCUGGAGGAGGUUCACCUCCAGUAUCAUCCAUUGUGGCCUUGAAGUGGCUGAAGACAUCCUUCUACAGGCCAGCACCCAGGCCCACAGUUUCCCCCAAGACUGAGUGACUACUCUGUUCCUUGGUCCCUAUUACUGUCAGGGACGAUUGCAUGGGCUACGCCAGGAAAGUAGGCUGGGUGACUGCAGGACUGGUGAUUGGGGCUGGUGCCUGCUAUUGCAUUUAUAGACUGGCCCGGGGAAGAAAACAGAACAAAGAGAAAAUGGCUGAGGGUGGGCCUGGGGAUGUGGAUGAUGUUGGGGACUGCCCUGGGGCCAGGUACAAUGACUGGUCUGAUGAUGAUGAUGACAACAGUGAGAGCAAGGGUAUAGUAUGGUACCCACCUUGGGCCCGGAUUGGGACUGAGGCUGGGACCAGAGCUAGGGCCAGGGCAAGGGCAAGGGCUACCCGGGCUCGACGAGCUGUUCAGAAACGGGCUUCCCCCAACUCAGAUGAUACUAUUUUGUCCCCUCAAGAGCUGCAAAAAGUUCUUUGCUUGGUUGAGAUGUCGGAAAAGCCUUAUAUUCUUGAAGCAGCUUUAAUCGCCCUGGGUAACAAUGCUGCUUAUGCAUUUAACAGAGAUAUUAUUCGUGAUCUGGGUGGUCUCCCAAUUGUUGCGAAGAUUCUUAAUACUCGGGAUCCCAUUGUUAAGGAAAAGGCUUUAAUUGUCUUGAAUAACCUGAGUGUGAAUGCUGAAAAUCAGCGCAGGCUUAAGAUAUACAUGAAUCAAGUGUGUGAUGACACAAUCACUUCUCGCUUGAAUUCAUCUGUGCAGCUGGCUGGACUAAGAUUGCUUACAAAUAUGACUGUUACUAAUGAGUAUCAGCACAUGCUUGCUAAUUCCAUUUCAGACUUUUUUCGUUUAUUUUCAGCAGGAAAUGAAGAAACCAAAUUUCAGGUUUUGAAACUCCUUUUGAACUUGGCUGAAAAUCCAGCCAUGACUAGAGAACUUCUCAGGGCCCAAGUACCAUCUUCACUGGGUUCCCUCUUUAAUAACAAGGAAAACAAAGAGAUUAUUCUGAAACUUCUGGUCAUAUUUGAGAAUAUAGAGGACAAUUUUAAAUGGGAAGAAAAUGAACCUACUCACAAUCAUUUCAGUGAAGGUUCACUGUUUUUCUUUUUAAAAGAAUUUCAGGUGUGUGCUGAUAAGAUUCUGGGGAUAGAAAGUCACCAUGAUUUCUUGGUGAAAGUAAAAGUUGGAAAAUUCAUGGCCAAACUGGCUGAGCAUAUGUUUCCAAACAGCCAGGAAUAACUUCUUGAUUUUGUAGUUUAAAAGCAGCACACAUUGUAAACUGUUCCUUUUCUCCAAUUUGUUUAUAUGGUAAAGGAAUCCAUCCAGCUACCAAUUUUGAGUAGUGAAUAUCAUAUUGUAUCAUCAAUGCUGAUAUUUAUCUGAGUUGGUUUUUAAGUCUAAGCUGGAUGAAUGAAUGUCACUACAUGUUCUGAAAACAUGUUUAUUGUCUUUUUUAUCUCACUGCCUACAUUGAAAUAUUUGUAGUAUUCUGUAUAAGUGACAGUGAACCAAUUCAUCCUAAGUAAGCUCCCUCCUGUCAUUUGCAUUGACUUCAUUUGUGUAUCAUCAAUAAAAUUGUGUGUUAAUGCUAGAAAGAAAAAAGAAAGAAUGAAUCUUUGCCCUUUUGUUUAUAACCUAGUUGGAAAGAUAAUAAACAUAGAAACAAAAUAACUGAGAAUAUCUGGAGAGUAUACCCAUUGUCAAAUAUGCAUUCUCAGAGCACAGAGGAAACAAAGGCUUCUGUAGGAUAUAGUAGCUACAGAUUCAUGGAGGAAGCAGCCUUUUAAAUUAAAAGGGAGUAGGGUAGUUAGGGCAUUCCAUGAGAUGAGAGUGAGGGGGAACGGGUGUCAGAAAGGCAUGGAGGUAGGAACUCUUCCUAUGACAGUGAGAAAAUUAGUCUGCUUAGAGUGGAGCAUGCAGGGAAUGACAGUAAAUAAAUUUAGAAAGGCAUGUGAAGCCAGUUGGUGGAGAGUUGUUUGAACGUUACUGCAAUGAACACAAAAACCACUAAAUAUUUUUAACUAGAAAGAAUAAUUGGAAUCCACAUAAAAGUCUCCCCCUCACCUACUGUGCACUAUCCACAGAGGUGUGGCAAAAUGGACCCUUUCAAACUUGUGGUGGGAAUGAAUUUACAUUGGAACUAAGUUUGUGGAGGACCAUUUGGUAAUACAUAUUAUAAGCCUUAAAAUAUGUGAACCCUUAAGAAAAUAGUUGAAAAAUUGAUCAAAGACUGCAUAUACAGGUAUGUACAUCCCAGCACUAUCUAAAAUAGUAAAAAUUGGAACAAGUGUCUAGUACAUUGGAUUGGUCAAAUAAAUUAAGGAAUCUUCAGAUGGUAAUGAUAAGUGUAUUGAUUUAAAUCCAUACUGCCAGGAAGAUAUUCAUCAUGCAUUGUUAAGUAAGAAAGGCAGGUUUAGAUAGUGAUAUUGAGAAUAGAAUUUCAUUUUUUUAGAAUAAUAAAACAUAUUUAAGUAGACAUUAAAAAUUCUGAAUUAUAGACACCCAAAUAGUAACUGGUUAUCUUUGGGUGGAAGGAUAAUGAGUGUUCUUUUACCUUUUUACUUUUAAAUUAUUGGUAUGUCCUUAUUUAUCUAAAAUGAAUAUUGAAUUUUUUGGAAAUUUUUGAAAAAGGAAAGUGUUGGGAAUGAAGUAGGUGAUUGGAGCAUAUACUAAAUGGAAAAAAUAUUUAGAUUAAAAAUGAGAUGGGUUAGAAGUUUUCUUUCUGAAAUGAUAGAUAAGUGGUGAAGAUGAGGCUCAUCAGGAGGAUUAAAUGAAGUAAUACAUGCAAAAUACUUACAAUCUUCUGGCACAUAAUAGUUAAUUAAGAAAAGCAAGCACCUUUAAUUUCCUAGAGUGCAGAGUUCAUAGUUUUUUUGUUGUUGUUGAUCUUUGUUUUGCUGGGGGCAUUUUGCCAUGUGUCAGUGUCAUUUAAAAAAUAGUAACAAUAAAGGUUAACACUUAUUAAGUGA